CUUUUAGAUAGAAUGCAUCUUUUGUUCCGACACUUUUUAAUUUGUGCAAUUUUACGUGUCUAAUACAUGCAUGGGCAACUUAUAACACACCAAAGACACAGAAAAACACGUAUUCGCUCCAUAUUACCCCUUUAAAGCCCGUUUUUAAUGGAGUUUAUGGAAUGCUCGAUUCUGAUUGGCCUACUUUAGAAGUCAUUUUUUUAUCAAAAAGUGACAAAUUGGCGAGUCGCCAUGUUAUAAGCGAAGUAAUGUAUAUUUAGUCAACCUUGUGGCAGAAUGAACCUCUGAAGCAUAAUAAAAGCCCUUCUUUUUUAUCCUGGACUACUGUUGGGUUUGUCGACUACACAUUCUCUCUUAAAUUUACAUUUAUUCAUUUGGCAGACGCUUUUAUCCAAAGUGACUUACAAGUAGAAGAGCAUAUAAACAUUUUGUCAACAUGCUCAACAGUACCGUUAGUUUACAAGACCAUGCUACUAGGAGGAUUAAAGGUUUAGUAAGCAAGGGAGAGAAUGAACAACUAGAUUUCUUUUAGACACAAAACAUAGACAGUUAUUGGUUAGUCAGAUAAAUGCGGAGCAGGUGUUUUGAGCUGUUUUUUGAAAGUUGUGAAGGAUGCUGCAGUUGGGUGGAGGCUGGCAGUUCAUUCCACCACAGGGGAACCGAAUGAUUAAAGGUUUUUGCAAGCGAUUUGGUGCCUCGCUGUGAUGGAACAACCAGGCGUCGCUCAUAUGUGUUUGUACAGAUCAAAAUUUGGAUUUGGAAGAAUGACAGUUCUGGAGUCAUUGAAUACCAUAGUAGGAACAUUUUUUUGUAUUUUUUGGUUCACAAAAUAAGUUUUUUUGAGGAAUUUAGGAAAGUAAACCGUUCUGGGACACCUUUGAGUACCAUUUUAAUUCUUUCUAAUAUGGUAGUCAGUGAUGUCCCAGAACUGUCAGUUGCUAACAUUCUUCCAAAUAUCUUUAUCUGUGUUCAACAGAACAAAGAUAGUUAUAGGUUUGGAAUAACUAGAAUAAUUCAGGAUAGAAUUUUCAUUUUUGGGUGAACUAUCCCUUUAAGACAAGGCCCAUUAAUUUAAGACAUGGGCAUAUUUAGCAGGUGUCACAGAACAUUUGCAUAUAGUACCUUGUAGUUGUGAUUUUUAGUGAGAUCAUCAUAGGUGGCAUGAAGAUUAUGUCUAAUUCUUCAUUCAUUAUACAGUGUCUCUCAUCUGUGGCCACUGCUCUUCAAAGCGGCUUUCUGCCAUACUGUGAACCUGUCUAUCAACGCUGUGUCAACCUGGUCCAGAAAACACUCGCCCAGGCUGUGCUUCAUCAGAAUCAGCCUGAGUUCUGUGAAGCUCCUGAUAAAGAUUUCAUGAUCGUGGCUCUGGAUCUGCUCAGCGGAUUAGCAGAGGGGCUCGGUGAAAACAUAGAGCAGCUGGUUGCCCGUAGCAACAUUCUCACUCUUAUGUACCAGUGCAUGCAGGAUAAAAUGCCAGAGGUUCGGCAGAGUUCCUUUGCUCUGUUGGGAGAUUUGACCAAAGCCUCUUUCCAGCAUGUGAAGCCCUGCAUUGCUAAUUUUAUGCCUGUCUUGGGCACCAACCUGAACCCAGAAUUGAUAUCAGUGUGCAACAACGCAACAUGGGCCAUUGGAGAAAUAUCUAUUCAGAUGGGUUCUGAGAUGCAGCCGUAUGUCCCAAUGGUUCUUCAACAGCUGGUGGAGAUUAUUAACAGACCCAACACACCUAAGACUCUGCUGGAAAAUACAGGUACCAUUUGAGGGGUGCGAGACCAGGCUGACCCCUCACGAGAGGUUUCUGUUCCCCUCCUUUCCCCAAACUCUCCCAGUCCCCAUUCUGCAGUGCUUAUUAAUCUCCAUAUUAACUCCAGGAGUUGGACCUUACAAGGUUUGAUGGUAAUAAGGUUACAAAUAACAAAAAGAAAUGAUAGAUUAAGAUGAAUAUUGUUUCCGUUGCACAGUAUUCAGUUGAGUAAUGAAUAGUGAAAAUUUUGAGAACUGAAAUGAUUUUGUUUCUUAAAUGGAGUUUUAUCAGCACGUCUUUAUAUAUGAAUAUAACAGACCUUGCAACUGUCCAGCUGUGGUAUUGACUGA